AUGUUAAGCGCUGGUUACAGUAAAGGAACUGGGUUAGGUGCUGAGAUAAUUGGAACUUUUGUUCUUGUUUACACCAUUUUCUCUGCCAUCGAUCCAAAGAGAAAUGCUAGAGACUCUCAUGUUCCAGUUUUGGCACCGUUUCCAAUUGGUUUUGCUGUGUUUAUGGUUCAUCUUGCUACUAUUCCAAUCACUGGAACUAGUAUCAACCCUACUAGAAGCUUUGGAGCUGCUGUUAUUUACAACAAUGAGAACGCUUGGGAUGAUCAAUGGAUCUUCUGGGUUGAACCCUUUAUUGGUGCUGCCAUUGCUGCAAUUUACCAUCAGUUUGUGUUGAGAGCUCAAGCAGCAAAGGUUUUGGGUGGGAGAGACCAAGCUCUCUAA